AUGUGUUGUUCGGAAAUUUAUUCCUUCUACUUUUUUGUGGUGUGUGUUGCUUUGAGUGGAAUUGUUCUCUACGAUUACACCAACCUCAUGUCACCAAAAUCAGGGUAUUUUUAUAUGAAGGAACAAAAUGAAUCGAAAAUUUAUCAGUCUCCGAAUGGUCCAAUUCAAUAUCAUAUUCACAAUUUUGAAAAUAUUGAAAAUGUUAAAAAGAAUAAUGGGAAAAUAUUUCUUUACUUACAUGGAACCCCUGGAGGUUUCGAAGAAGGAGCUAAUUUUAUGAAAGGAUGUCCAUCGAAUUGGGUUGUUGUGUCUCCUUCAAGAAUUGGCUACGGAAAAACAAAUUUCACACAGUGGACCAGAUCAGAGAAGGAAUCCAUCGAUUUUUAUUUCCCAAAAGAAGAAAAAUUUGUGGUGAAUCCAAAUGCUUUUGACAUGACUCAAAUACGACAUUUAUUGAAAAUUGUUGAGCUCGAUUCCAAUUUAAAUUCAACACCAAACUUUGCAAACAGUUACAAUAAUAAUGUUAACAGCAGCACGAAUACCUCAGAUACAGCAUCUUCCAACAUCAAAUAUCCAAAAUUACAUUUCAUCUUGGAGAAGAAUGCAAUCAUGAUGAUGGGUUUAAUGAAUCAUAUCUUUGGAAGCAAUACAAAAUUCAAUAUUAUUGCUGUGGCAGGAGGAGGUCCAUUUGGACUACACAUGGCCUCUCAAUUUCCCACUCGAGUGGAAACAUUGCAAUUAUUGGCACCUGUUGGAAGAAACUUCAUUAUUGGUCGUGGAGAGUCACCCAAGAAAAUUUCAUCUCUCAUCACUCUCGUGAAUGAUCGACAAGAACAACACUUGCAAGAAUUUAUUUUCAGAAAGUCAUUACUCUUUGGAUCCAAAGACCUUAAUACGAUGGACAGCAACAGAAAGGUCACUUAUGACCCUAAUGAACAUGCCUCUUCUUUCAUGCCAACACAACAAGAAAAUUCAAACGAACAAAUUGAAUUGGAGCGAAAAAUUCUUUUCAUGGAAGUGGAAGAACCAAAGCCAUUCAACACGACUCUUGCGCUAUCAGCCUAUGUGAUGGAUCCAUUUCUAAUGCUUCGAAAUAAUCCUCUCAUUGUCAAGUUUAUGAGUUAUUCUGUGGUACGAUUAAUGAGAUGGUUUCCCGAUGUGGCUUUUCGAAUGUCUGUCAUUAAUACUGAACCUGAAAUGCUCGAUAGGAAAUGUUUCGAUCGAGUGAAACAAAGCUUUUUGACUCAUCAAUUGAUUGAAGGUUUACAAUUUAAUGUUGGCACAAUGGAUAGCAAAAUGCGAGGAUAUAUUCUUGAUUUGCUUCUCUUUUUGCAAUUUUCUAAGGAUAGAAAAUCUGAAUUAGAGUCCAUAUCAAUUCCAACCUUAAUGCAAGCAUCGAUCUAUGACAAGUCGGUGGAUUUUGAAGAUCAAGUUGUUUAUACUUUUCAACACAUUCCAAAGAGUACACUUAUCACAUUUGGAGAUUGUGGUCAAUUAUUCUUUAUCAAUAAUCUUCAAAAGGUCUACUCUUAUAUGGAUCAAUUCAUUAACAAUCAGAGAGGGAUUUAA